AUGCCAGACACAGGACAGGAUCUGGAAUCCCUAGACCCCCGUGUCCAGAACACACUCUCUGCCCUGUAUACAUCUACUGAGGCCACGGUGCUCGGGCAGCUGGCCAAUGUGGCCAACAGAUGCUACAGCAGAGACGGACUGUACUUUACCAGCUUUCUUAUCCCUGCCAGGAGGUUACUGCAGACCUGGACAGGAAGUCUGUCUUGCAACAAGUGCAUCAAUUUGGACCUGCAGUGGGCUGUCCACUUUGGUUUUGGAUCUGAGCUGGGCCCAGGGACUCGGCCUGGGGUCACCUCAGCGGGGAAGCAGCCGGCCAAACUGGUGGUGAAGGACCUGUCCUGGUUGGGGGGAGCAGAGGAGGCCGCCAUCCUAGACAUGCACAGCCACGUCUUCACCAGAGAGUUCCUGGCAUGGGAGGACGAGGGCCACCCUGUGGAGCCACCCCAGCCCCCCAGUCAUGGCCAUGACAAGGCCCCGCCCCCUGGGGUGCACCCCUUCCCCCAGCACCCCAACCCUGCCCAGCAGCCAUGUGCAUCCAGGAGCCCGGGGCUGGAGAUAAGGCUGGACCCCAUGGACCAGGAGGGCAGCUCCAGGCCCCCCCACUUCCACACCGAUGGGGGCAGCUCAAGCGCCAGGAGACGACCACCCAGGGACCCCGCUCUUGGUGAGGCCAGACGCCGGUUCCGGAAGUCAUAUUUGGAGGCUCUGCGUAACCCCAUGCCUCUUGGCCCCAGCUCUGAGGAGGCCCUGGGGAGCCCAGCCUGCAGCUCCCUGCCCACAGCCAGUGGGGCCCUGAGGGUUGGGGUGGCGGCCAGCCAGACCCAGGAAGAGACUCUCAGCCCCUGGGGAGACCUCCGAAAGACCCCAAGUCUGGAGAGCAAGAUGCCCACCCCCAGCUGGGCAGGUCUAGGAGCCCCAGGGCAGACCCUUCCCAGGAGGUCCCGGUCCUGGGACAGGUCGCUCAGGAGCUCCCGAGGGCACGAGACUGCAGCCUGCCGCACCCACCACCCCUCGGCUGGUGUCAGGACUGCGGGGCUCCUGGGAGAGCAAGCUGUGCAGACUCAACGCCCCAGCUCCAGUCGCGCCUCAAGUGCUACAGGGGAGAAUCCGGCAUGCCGCAGGGAGGAAGAUGCUCUUCCAACCUCAGCCUGCAUCCACAUGGACAGCAGCGACUUCCAGAGACACGACCCCAGCAGGCUUUCAGAUGUGUCUGCCCAGCGGCUGUGCCCUGAAUGCCCGUGCUGGCCACCUGACACAGACCUGCCCAGGCGGGUGCUGGAAAUGGACCAGGAGCUUCUGCAGUCGGGGGUCAUCGCCCUCCCAGGGACUCGCGACCGCCAAGGCAGGGCAGUGGUGCAAGUCUGCACGAGGAGCCCGCUCUGGACUGGUGAACACGCGUCCUGUGCCAAGCUGACCCAGCUGCUGAUGUACCUCUGCGGCGUCCCCAGAAAGGAGGUUCAGGACCUGGGACUGGUCGUCUUGGUAGAUGCGCGCAAGAGCCCAGCCUCAUCCGCACUCUCCCAGGCGCUUGCAAGAUUGCAGAAUACAUCUCCCAUAAUUCAUAGUAUUGUGCUGUUGGUGGAUAAAGAAUCUGCAUGUAGGCAUGACAAGGAGGCAACAAUUCAGUGUGAGGUGGUGAGCUCCCUGAAGGGCCUGCACAAGCUUGUUGAUGGCUCCCAGCUGACGGCAGACCUUGGUGGCUCCUUCUCCUACAGCCAUAGUGAUUGGAUUUGCUUCCGAAGGAAGCUGGAACACUUCACUGCAAACUGCAAGGAUGCUAUCGUUUUCCUGCAAAAUUCAGUCUGCUCCCUGGACACCCACAGAAGCCUAGGAACAGCCCAGGACGUCACCAAGUUGAUCAGCCAGCAUGAGGCCAUUAUGAAGCUUGUCCUGGAAGACUCACUGCUCGUGUCCCUCAGGCUGGAGGGUGGCACCAUCCUGGCACGGCUGAAGAGAGAAGAGCCUGGAGCAGCAGAAGAUGGGCGGGACGCCUUGGAGGCCGCCACCAGGCUGUACAACCGGGUGGAUGAAGAAGUACACAGGCUGGUCCUCGCCUCGAACAGGAGUCUUCAGCAGCUGGAGCAUCUCCAGGAGCUGAGGACACUCGAGGAAGGGCGUGACCAGAUCAAAAUGCGGUUUGAACAAGAGCUGGAGAAAUGCUUUGGCCCUUUGGAACUGCCCUCUCUUGAGAACCCGAGGCAGCAGCAGGCAGAGCUGCAGGCCUUCCGAGCUUGGGUGAUGCCCUGUUGCCGGAGAGAACCACAGCUGGGGAAAGAGAACCUGCACAGCAAGGAGGACACAACCCUGGAUGUCAGGUGUCUGAGCACAGUAGCCAGCCAGGCUGAGCAGAGGAGAGGGGAGCUGGCUGGUGGGGCCCGCCUGUCUGCAUUCUGUGAGAUGGUGAGCGGCUGGACACGGCAGGGCGUGGCAUGCCUGGGGGCCCUGGGCCUGGAGGCUGGUCCCUCUUGGUCCAUCACCGAGUACCUGAGGCGUUGUCGCCAGGAGGCCCCAGUGGCUGCAGAGGCCUUCCUGAGGGCAAGUGUGGAAGCGUCAAGCAUGGGCAGCCAACCAGCAUCACAGCAACAGCAGUUUUUGCUGCUGUGGGACCCCCAGACUCAGCUCUGUCUGGAAGGGGCCCUUUCUGAGGCCCACCCAGGCCCCAGCUCGCCUCCCCUCCUCUGGGGCUCCCCAGAGCAUGAGUGUGCCCAGGAGGCUGUGAGGCAGCCCCCUGAGCCGCCCUCAACUCCCUUCGUGGACACCGAGAGACGUGCCUGGGAACCAGCCCAGCCACGGUCCGGCCUCCCGGGACAAGCCCUUCUGUGUGGGGGGGAGGCAGUGCCCCUGGGCCCAGGGGUAUGUGCUCCAGGGGACCCACUGCCCUCCCUGGGCAGCCUUCCAGUGGGAGGGGCCGCCAUGGCCGGCCCGGACCAUAGCGCUGCCAGCCCCUCUGAGCCUGCCCAGACCCUCUACCACCCCAGGAAGCAUCCCCUGAAGAAAAUAAUGAAGACAACGCAGAGCUUCGAGAUGUCUCAGCUCAACAGUCCCAGGGAGGCCCGCCAGCUCGGCCACACCGGGGUCUUCAUCAGAGGCCUGGAAGUGACCAGCACCGUGACCACAGAGAAGAAGCCCUCGCCGAGGCUGCAGGCUGGGAGCCCCCCAGUCACUCGGAGUCGGAGUCUGUCCUCUCCCUCCGGGAUCCACCCCCCUGAGGAGGACAGGCUGCGGCGGGCAGGAAGCAGCCGGCUGCAGCAUGUGAUGGCCGAGAUGAUCGCCACGGAGCGGCAGUAUGUGAGGUCCUUGGGCUACGUCAUUGACAACUACUUCCCCGAGAUGGACCGGAUGGACCUGCCCCAGGACCUUCGAGGGAAGCGCAGUGCUCUCUUUGGGAACUUGGAGAAACUCCAUGACUUCCACCGCCAGCACUUCCUCCAGGAGCUGGAGCGCUGCCAGCACUGCCCCUUGGCCGUGGGUCGCUGCUUCCUGAGACACGAGGAGCAGUUUGGCAUGUACGCACUCUACAGCAAAAACAAGCCCCAGUCGGACGCCCUGCUCGGCACCCAUGGCCGCACCUUCUUCAAGGACAAGCAGAGCGAGCUGGGUGACAGCAUGGACCUGGCCUCCUACCUGCUGAAGCCAGUGCAGCGCUUGGGCAAGUAUGCCCUGUUGCUUCGGGACCUGGUUAAGGAGGCGGCCCACCGUCCGGCCCGCGGGAAGGAGCUGGACGAACUCCAGGCUGCUGAGGACGUGGUCCGCUUCCAGCUGCGCCACGGCAAUGACCUGCUGGCCAUGGACGCUGUCCGUGGCUGUGACGUGAAUCUGAAGGAACAGGGGCAGCUGAGAUGCCAGGAUGAGUUUAUCGUUUGCUGUGGGAGGAAAAAGUAUCUGAGGCACGUGUUCCUCUUUGAAGACCUCAUCCUUUUCAGCAAGACCAAAAAGGUGGACGGAGGCGAUGACAUCUAUCUGUACAAGCAGUCCUUCAAGACAGCCGAGAUCGGAAUGACAGAGAAUGUUGGAGACAGCGGCCUGAGGUUUGAGAUCUGGUUUCGCCGGCGGCGGAAAUCCCAGGACACCUUCGUUCUCCAGGCAAGCUCGGUGGAGGUCAAGAGCGCCUGGACUGAUGUCAUCCGGAAGAUCCUGUGGCAGCAGGCACUGCGGAACAGAGAACUCAGAAUGCAAGAAAUGGUGUCUAUGGGGAUAGGCAACAAACCCUUCAUGGACAUCAAGCCCAGUGAUGCGGCCAUAAGCGACCGGGCCAUUGAUUGCAUCAUGAGGGGAGCAGAGUUGCGAGCACAGGCGUCCAUGACAGUGUCCUCCUGUGACCACAGCGCUGCCUUCAAGAGGCCACACUCCACCAUCUCGGACAGCAGCACGUCCUCCUCCAGCAGCCAGUCCUCCUCCGUCCUAGGUUCACUGAGCCUGCAUGGAUCCGCCGGCCCAGCCCCGGCAGGCCUGCGGAGCCCCACCCACAGCCUCUGGUCAUCUGACAUCAGAGCCUGCAUUGAGGAAGACGAGCUGGAGCUGGAAACGGGCAGCCAGCCCUCCGUGCGGAUCGUGAGCUCCGGGUCGUCACCGUGCACAUCAGGGGAUGGUGCCAGCAGCCUGGGCCUGUCCCAGUUCCUCCCAGAGUUGAUUCCUGGUGCUUCCGCAGCUCUGCCCAGCAGCAGUGCACUCACCACUACCGGCGGCCGUGGGACCCAGGACAUCUCUGGUGUGUUCGAACCCUAUGGGCAGAUCCGAGUCAUUUGCAGUGAGAUUUGCUCAGUGGGACCCCAGCCCUCCCCGGCAGAGCCCAAGGCCCUGCGUGAGCAUGGCUGGCCACUGGAGGUGGUUUCUGAACUGAGCUCCCAUGUGAAGCAGGCCCCUGACAAGUUUGCCACCUUAUUCCAGAUGCUUCUGAAGCCCAACUGCGCGACCCUUGGGGAGGAUGAAGGCAAGAAAAGGUGCUACCCCCCCAGACCUGGUCCCAUGCCCCUCAAUCCCAGGGGCAAGGCAAAGCGGUCAGCAGACCUUCUGGGAGGAGACUGGGGCUGUCCACUGGCCCUGCUGGAUGCCCGUAGGAACACCUCGGGAUUGGCCUUCUGA